AACCCCACCCUCAGUCUCACUCUCUUCAACUCAACCAUUUCCCCUUUCACUCUUCACUCAACAAAAAAAACGCUUCAAAAUAUCCCCCACAUCUCUCCCCACUCUUGCUUUUCUUUUGUAUUUGAUUUUUCAGUCUCUUUGAAUCAGAUGGCUUUAGAAGCUCUUAACUCUCCAACAGCUGCCACGGCUCCUUUUCACUUUGAGGAUAGCAACUUAAACUGCCUGGAGUCAUUUACCAAGCGUAAGCGUUCGAAGCGACCACGUUUCGACUACGUUGCCACCGAGGAAGAAUACCUCGCUCUCUGCCUUAUCAUGCUGGCACGCGGCGGCGGAGCCACCUCCACUUCCAGUAUCCCAAUCCGCCACCGCUCUCCUUCUCCAGUCACCGCACCACCGCCAGCGCCAGCACCGACAUCGGCAACAUCCGAGCCAAAACUUAGCUACAAGUGCAGCGUUUGCAACAAGGCUUUUAGCUCUUACCAGGCUCUGGGUGGCCACAAAGCCAGCCACCGUAAGCUUUCAGGCGGCAACGACGACCAGUCAACGUCAACAACGACUUCUGCCACCGCCGGUGGAACCACUUCCGCAGCAUCGAACCCAAGCGGUAGGUCCCACGAGUGCUCCAUCUGCCACAAAAGCUUCCCUACAGGGCAGGCCUUGGGAGGCCACAAGCGGUGCCACUAUGAAGGUGGAGCUGGAAAUAGCGCCAGCGCGAGCGCCAGCGCGAGCACCAGCGCUAGCGGCGUGACGUCAUCUGAAGGAGUGGGCUCCACCAAUACCCUGAGCCACAUCAGCAAUCGGGGCUUUGACCUGAACCUGCCGGCUUUGCCAGAAUUCUCACCGGCUUUCUUCGUUUCUGGUGAUGAUGAAGUGGAAAGCCCACACCCGGCUAAGAAGCCGCGUCUCUUGAUGCCACACAAAAUUGAAGUCAACUAAACAAUUAUAAGAAUCUUUUAGGUUUUUUUUUUAAGUUAUGUGUAGGACUUACAUUUUAGGCCAGAUUCGAUGUAUUUCUUUUCAUUUGAUGAGACAAUUUUUUUUCUGUAAAUAGCUCUUGAACUUCCUCAGUCUCAAUUGCUACUGUUUUCUUAUGAAUAAGUCAAUUCAAUUAAAUUUAAUUCUUCUUAA